AUGUUAUUCGAUCAUCAUUCUUUAGUUGCUACUGAGGGUUCCGCAGCGGAAUUAGACACCCAGCGCAUUCCUGAUGGAAUAUCUAAGACUGCACUAGCGUUGCGGAGUCAACUCGCUGCUCUUCCUGCCAAUAGCGCUCUAGAGUUUUUGGGAAACGUCCGUAAGGUUGCUCGUGAGAUUGAUAUUGAAGCCAAUGUUGUUUCUGAGGAAUUGGCAAUUAUAGAGGAAUCGUAUCCACGGAUCCUUGCAACACUUCAUGGAUUUAAGCGGGAUUUACUGAUAAUGAAAGAGGAAGUAUGCAUGCUCCGCAGUAAAUACGAAAGUUUCGUGAAGUCGUUCAUGGAACUGCUGGAAAAAAACUGUCCGGAACUGAUUCCACAACUACAAGCUUUAUCGCGCAAACAGGUGCAGCUGAGAAGGGUGAAGUGGAUAAAUCGUGGACGAAACGUCUUAACUUCAUGUCGUGCUCUCAUGAAGGACGCUAGAUGCGAUUGGCUCAAGCUGCUUGAAAAUUUUCGCAGCGCAUGUGCACAUGCCCAAAAACAUGUGGAGCUCACUGACAACUCGCGCACAACUUUCAUUGAUGCUUUGAACAUUUUGGCUUCAGAUCUGAACGAGUUUGCCAGAAAGUGGGUGAAGGAAACUCUUGAUAGCAUCAAAUAUCCAUUUGAAGACUCAAUAGACAUUCGAGCUUUCUUCAAUGAAACCAAUACCAUUGCUUAUAUGCUAUGCUUAAUAUAUUCUGUUAUCGAGCAUACACAGGAAGGAACCGGAUAUGACGAGGUUUGCCGGGUGCUCUUGGAACCUAUUGGUGUACGUUUUGCCUUCCAUUUUUAUGGUGACCGGAAAACAAACGAUGUAAAAAAACCGCAGUGGUACCUGAGUCAAACUUUGAAUUGGAUUCAGACGAAUAUGUCUUUCUUCGAAACUGUCCUUGGAAUAGUCACUAAAGAGCAUAAUCUAGCGAAGUCAGCAGCAUCAGUUUUUCUGAGAUAUUUGUCCGAUCUUCCUAUUUCGAAGACAAGAACACUUUUGAAGCGAGAGGAAGUGUUAGAUGACAUGCUACUGUUUUCCCACCUCAUUGAUGAAUGUAUUUCAUAUGAGAAACAGCUGCGAGAUAUGGAUUCAGAAGGGUAUGCUUCCAACAUCUUAUCGCUGUUCUGCGAGCAAAAUGUCUUAAGUAGAUGGAUUGAGAUUGAGAACGAAUGUUGCUUGGAUCACAUGGACGAAAUGCUGUCGGCAAAGGAUAGGUGGCAAAACCGAUUCCGAUCAAUGGAGGACGCUGAUGAGUACUUGGUCUGCAAUUGUGCUGAUACGUUUGUCUCGAUGCUGCAGUCUCAACAAAGUCGUGCUGGACUGCUUCCAGAUGACAUAGCUCAGCGACGAUUCUUGGACUUGCAAUUGUUGCUCACUGACGAUUUCCGUAAACGUCUCGCACAAAUUGCCCGACAGUCGGAAUCACCGUGGAGUGAACCGUUUCCCAAUGUGAUGAAUGCUAUGUGGUACCUCAAGCAUGUGGUUGAAGAGUGGAGCGAUUCCUGUCUUCUGAGCGGCAUUACUUCGAGCGGAGGACGCGCAGUCUUUGAUGAAUCGUCAGCGAUGUUCAGACAUGUCUGGAAUCAAAUGGCUGAAGAUGUAAUCACGUCGCUUAGAGUUCAAACCACUGACGUAAUAAAACCGUACCAACAACACUACUGGUGCGUAAUGGAACCACGCCUUGGAGACGCAUCGCACGAUAUAACGGAUUUAUUCUGCCCAGUGCUGAUGAAAGUUCGCACGAUUUUUGCAAACACUGGAGCACAGAUCUCAAAGGCUUCGCUUGAAGAGUUAUUUAAACGCAUGUCGUCAGCACUUGCAACUGUCAUUCUCGAAGAAGUCGUGAGUGUGACACCAUUCAGUGCUGAAGGUGCGGCACAAAUGCUUUGGGACAUAGAAAACGGUCUGAUUCCUGUACUUAGCCAUAUUUUUACGAGAUGUGGUGUGGCGCCGAAUAUGUACUAUGAUGAGAUUUUCACGACUUUGCUUGGAUCAUUGAAGUUGUUGUCCAUGUCAUGGGCUGUAGUGACAUUGCUAAGAGAUGAGAUCGAUCAGCUUCCCGAAGAGGUUGCAGAAGAGAAAUUGUUCGAAAUGAAAGUCUACGGAGUUUCAAAGGAAAAGGCCAAGAAUCUCAUUCGAUUAAGGAGUGACAUAGAGAAACAGAUGGACAAUGUUAAAGAAAGUGUAUGA